AUUUCUUCUCACCUCUGUGUCCUCCUGAAAAAUAUAUGACAUCUAACUAAACGGUGAAAUCCCUGAGUGUGGAGAAGGUAAUAGGAUCUGUUUUGGUUAACUUGAUAGUCGCAGUAGCCGGGGUCACUUACAGGCCUUGAUCGUGGAGGUGGUAAACUGAGAAGGCAGCCAAGUCUGACAAAAUGUUUCAACCAUAAACGUGGGUUUUAUUGUAAUCAGCAAUAACAUUCGAGGCAUUUUUCUUUUUCUACGAAUUGCUAGUUAACCUGGGCGUUUGAUGGGGGGUUGGUGGUGUGGCCUUUGUUUAUAAGACAGGGAGUAAACCGGUUCCACAAGCCCUUGUUGAUCUAUAACUCGGACUGCUCAUAAGGCAGACCCACAUUACUCUCCGGACUCUGAAGCUGAAACAUUACGAGGUGCCACUUCACGCUACAGAGACCAGACCAAUGGCGCUGCGCCCUCGAGCUUCCUCCAACCCUGGAAAACUUUCCCUCCUCCAGGUUCCCAAGGCCAUUUCAUCUCUUCGACCGAGGGCUGUCUCCUCGCGCUCGGGCUCCAUGCUGGAAGAGGAGCUGUCGUGUCCCGUCUGCUGCGAGAUCUUCAAAGAACCUGUGGUGCUGAAGUGCAGCCACAGCUUCUGCCGGGCCUGUCUGCAGGAGUUCUGGAACAAGAAGAAGGCCAGGCGCGAGUGUCCCAUCUGUAGGAGGAAGUGCUCUCUGACGGAGCCCACCGUCAGUCUGGCGCUGAAAAAUGUGGCGGACACAUUUCUGAGGGAGCAGGAGCGGAGGGCAGCCACGACUAGAGAUGGCGUGAAGGUGGUGGAGAUGGUGGAGGUGACGUGCGCCACACAUGGGGAGGCUUUCAAACUUUUCUGCAUGGAUGACUUUGAAGUCCUGUGCUUCGUGUGUCACACUUCCAAGAAGCACCAGGGACACAGACUUUGUCCCGUGGAGGAAGGAGCCCAGGAUCUCAGGGCAGGGCUAAAGGAAGAGCUGACCCCUCUAAAGAAACAUCUGCGACGCCUGUAUGAAGCCAAGCAGGAGUGUGAUGACACAACGGUCCACAUAAAGAACCAGACUCAGGCCACAGAGAAACAGAUCCGCGAGGAGUUCCAGCAGCUUCGAGACUUCCUCCAGCGUGAAGAGGAGGCGCGGCUCGCCGCUCUGCAACAGGAGGAUGAGGAGAAGAAAGAGCGGGUGAGGAAGAAGUCUGAGAGCAUCACCAGAGACAUCCUGACGUUUUCUCACGCCGUCAUCGCCCUGGAGAACGAGAUCGCAUCCGAUGAUGUUCGCUUCCUGCAGAGUUACUCCAGCGCAAAGAAAAGAUUAGAGAUCACACAGAGAGAUCCAGAGAAGCUGUCAGGUGUCCUUAUAAAUGUGGCCAAGCAUGUCAGCUCCCUGAAGUACAACGUUUGGGAGAAGAUGGUGGAUCUUGUCCACUACACCCCCAUCACCCUAGACCCCAACACUGCGUACCCCUGGCUGUCCCUCUCCUCUGACCUCACCAUGGUGGCCAACACUGGCUUCCUCCAGCAGCUCCCAGACAACCCCGAGCGCUUUGGCCACUUUGUCUUCGUGCUCGGAUCAGAGGGUUUCGUCUCCGGCCGCCACGCCUGGGAGGUGGAGGUGGGAGACAAGAUAGACUGGAUGCUUGGGGUGGUCAAGGAGUCCAUCGACAGAAAGGGUCGCAUCUCUGGCUGCCCCGAGGGCGGCUUCUGGAUGAUCUCGCACUAUGAGGGCGAGUACUUGGCCAUGACCAGGCCAAGCACGCCUCUGUGCUUGGAGGGGCCGCUGACUCGAGUCAGGGUGCAGAUGGACUAUGACGCCGGGGAGGUGGCCUUCUCUGAUCCUGUGAGCAUGAAGCCCAUCUACACCUUCAAUGACUUCUUCACUGAAAAGAUGUACCCCUUCUUCUGCCCCGGAUCUAACAUCAAGGGCAGCAACCCCAAGCCUCUGAAAAUCUGCCCCGUCAAGGUGGCUGUGUGGAACAGUGCAGCGUGGUAAUCAGUUCUGGAAAAAUGAAUUCAGUCUGGCUAAAAACAGUCUGUGAAGCACAAAGAGGUUGUUAAAAUUUGCGUUUUUUUAUCAAGGGAAUGUUUUCCUCAGUGAAGCAAAAUGCCCCCUGGUGAUCAAAAAGUCCUACAAAAGAGCAACCCAUUUACAGACUGUUUAACCAGCAUCAGUUCUAAACUAUCAGUGAUUGAAAUAUAAUUUAGAACAAAGAAAUCGGGUUAUUAUUUGAUGCUUUUGUUAAUUUAUGCUCAGAAUUUGGAGCUGAACUGCAGUUUUUACGGUUCAGUUGUAAUCUGUAAUCAAAGUCCUUUUAAAGUUAAUAAAAAUGCUAUUUUUGA